UAAUAGCACAAAACAAAUGCAACUGUGAUUUAUGAAAGUUAAUAGCCGUCCUCUUUAAUAAAAUACUGAAUCAUAACUAGCCUAAUAGUCAACCAUUUCAUUGUGUCUAGAUUGAUUCAACAAAAGUUCAAUUUUAUCUGAAAUGAUGAAAAAAUUGGCAACAAUUUUCACUGCCUUCAUGUUAACCUGGCAAACAGUGAACUGUCAAUAUUAUCCAUAUAACAACCCUCCAAUCCCUCAACCUUUCCAACCUUACCAACCAUAUCAACCUUAUCAACCUUAUCCACCUUACCCACCUUACCCGAAUCCACAGAGUUACCCUUAUAACCCUUAUAAUCCUUAUAACCCGAAUCCACCGAAUUACCCGAUAAUUCCACCAAAUACUUAUCCAACAAACCCGAACUUCCAAGUUUAUCCCAAUAACGGAUAUUGUGCUCCAUUGAGUCCUCCAGCUAACGGAUUUUUGACUUCGUUUUGUGGCAACACUUAUGGCAGCUCAUGUACUUUUGCUUGUUCAGCUGGUUAUACUUUGUCUGGACAAGCAACAGUCACUUGUUUGGGUAACAAUUGGUCAGCAACUAGACCCACUUGUGCUGCAUCCAGCACUUCAAAUAUCAUUGGAUACUGGGCCGUUCCAAACAGAGGAUGAUAGCCUUUAGCCAUUUCUGGUGCAGUCAUUUGGUGGUUACAUUUACCCAUUGAGACAAUAAUUCAGACAAAACUUGGAAAAUAUGCAACACUCAGGAUUUCAUUCAUCAUUAUAAUCUCAAUCUAACCUAAUAAAGAUUUGUGUUGUUCAAUGCA